AUGCUUCAGAUGAAGUUAACCUUUAAGGCAGUUGAAGGGCAUGAAAAAUAUUUGGGUCUUCCGACUUAUAUUGGAAGUUCAAAAAAACGAGUUUUCCAAGCUAUUCAAGAUCGUGUCUGGAAGAAGUUGAAGGGUUGGAAAGGGAAAUGUCUAUCUCAAGCGGGUCGAGAAGUUUUAAUUAAAGCCGUGGCGCAAGCAAUCCCGUCUUACGCUAUGCAAUGCUUCAGGCUACCGAAAAGCAUUACAGAUGGAAUUGCGAAAAUGUGUAGGAGUUUUUUUUGGGGACAAAAGGAUGAAGAGAAGAAAAUAGCGUGGGUGGCAUGGGAAAAGUUAUUCUUACCUAAGAAAGAGGGGGGACUUGGUAUUCGAGAUUAUGAUAUCUUUAAUAGAGCGCUGCUUGCAAAACAGGCUUGGAGAAUAUUAACAAUGCCGCACUCUCUCAUGGCUCGGGUGCUUAAAGGAAAAUACUUUCCUUCAUCUACAUUCCUUGAAGCGUCUGUAAACCCGAAUUCAAGCUACACAUGGAAGUCAAUUCUCUCUGUGAAGGAUGUGUUGUUAAAAGGUGCCUGUAGAGUUAUUGGUGACGGACGAAACACUAAUAUCUGGAAUGACCCUUGGGUCCCCAACCUAUCAAAUUUUCGGGUCCAUGGAAAGGAUGGAAGUAGGAGUGCAAAUGUCCCUUAG